GGGCAGCGCCAGCCAGCCCCGCGGCGGCGCCCGGACUGGGUCCAGGGCGCAUCCCCACCCAGGCUAAAAAUGUCAGUACUUACUUCUCCAAGAGGAAAGGCAGAAAUUGUUCACUGCCGAAGAACAGAAUCACAUGAUAUUUAUUGUAUUAAAAGCCUCAUUAGAAAAUUUACCCAGAAGCUGUUUGGGAGGAUUAAUAUCAUCUAUCUUCUAGAAAAGGCAAACCUUGCCAUAACUCUCUGCAAUGACAAGGAGGAGAUCAUGGCUCAGGGCACCUUCCUGGACUAUCCCAACUGGAAUGUUGCCAAGCAGGACGACUGGGUGUCAGUGUUCCGGGAGCUCGACAGCGAUCUCCCAUGCACGCCUCUGAAUACGUUGUUUAUGCACCUCUUUGUGGCUGUGGAUGAGUAUUCCACCGGCUGCUGCAAAGAGAUUAUUCGAAGCGUGUUUAAGGCAGUGCCGGAGCUGCACUUCAUCUUCCUCACAGUGCCGUCCUACAUGAGCAUUGGCUCAACCCUCAUAACUGUUUUUGACCAAGUGGGGAGUGUUCCAUGUCUGACGUACUCAGAGGACUUCACCGUGUAUGUGUGUCACAGGCACAGUCACUACCCUCAGCUGUACAUUCGCAGAGCCAGGGUGGAAGAUCAUGACGAACUCAUGCCAGUAUUUAUGCACUACAACACCAUUCUGAAGGAAACGUACGGCGAAUACUUCCUGGCUGAGCUAAUAGAAGCCCAAGAUGAAGAGAAUCACGCUGUCGUGUGUGAGGUGAAAGGCGCAGCAGUCGGGUUCAUGAGCGUGUGCUCAAGCGUGAACAUGGAACUGUUACAUGCCUGCUUUGACUUGGGGCCUUUCCAUGGACUCUGUUUCCCACAUCCCGAAGAUGUUCUGGAACCACCACAAGAGCUAAGUGUCGAAGGAAGUCAAGAUACUGAGCUCAGCCAGAAUUCCCAAAAAAUAGUUGAGGAGCCACAAGAAUCUGUCACUCCAGCAGCCAUGGAAAACACCCAGGAAAAAGUCAUAGGAGAAGCUGCAUCUGAGGAAGCUUCAUCAGCAGGCCAAAAUGGAAAUGCCCACGACCUGGAGGACAUGGAAAAACUCAGACACAUCCCCACAGGUCACGGUGGCAGCAGUAGGGCCUCAACAUCCACCUCGCUGCUGGAAGAGCCCCGCCACUUCCGCCCCAUCUAUAAGGGAGCCUCGGCCGCUUUCUGCAUUCAGCUGUUCUGUAUUGAUGAGAGAUAUGAGGCAAGGUCACUGGAUUUUAUGAAUUUUGUCUUCAGUCUUUUUCCUAACAAGAACUUCUGCAUCAUCUCUCUGCCCCAUCUCACCCCUGAGUUUGUCCUCAUCCAGAACUUCAUGAGGAUGGUCCCCUUCAACAACUGCAGCCUCGAGCAGGACCUCUACGUCUUCCAUCGGGCUGGACUGCUCAAGUCCAUUAAUAUCAGAUUAGCCACUCUCUUGGAUACUCCUGGUGUGGAGAAUCUCGUCAGCACCCUCCUGCUGAAUAAAAGCAUCCUGGAGGAUUUGACCCAAUAUAACAAGGCUCGCAGAGACCCUGAUGGAACACCACUGCAGGCAUUUGUAGCCGAAGUUGCAGAACAGAUAGUUGGCAUUGCAGUGAUCAGAAAUGAAAUGGACAUCGAGUACAUACGAGCCCAUUACAACAUUGAAGAUUUCAUCUACUUCAGUCACCACCAGCGCGAAGAACACGGGCACUUGUACCACUUUGCCCUCAACCCCAUUUUCCGGCACUACACCAAGUUUUUUCUGAAGGAGAUCCUUCGUUUGGGCUACAAGUCCUGUCUUUACUACCCUGUUUAUCCCAGAUCCAGGGACGGCAAGUUCCAGAACCCCUACGCCCACUCGCUGACAUCUGCCCUUCAUUAUUUGGUUCCCGUGCGACCACGACGACAGAUUGUCUAUCCUCUGGAAAAGCUUGGCAUAAACGCUCCAUCAAAGGAGGUCUCCAAGGAUCUGAUAAGCUAUGCCUUAAACCAUACUAACAGAAAACUAACACUGGAACCUAAAAUAACGGUCAAUGCUAAGAUUGUUGUGGUUGGUGCAUCUAGUGUUGGAAUUUCCUUCCUAGAGACGCUGGCAUUUUGCUCUCACCUGAAGUUCAAUAAUCUCACCCUGAUUUCAACUCACGGACUUCCAGGCAAAAACCUUCUGGGAGCUGAACAAAGGAAGUUUCUAGCCAGCGACCACUGUUUUAAUGAUAAAGAUUACGCGUUGAUGUCACUGUGCUCCUGGGUGAAUGUUGUGGUUGGUAGAAUGACUGGCAUAGACCGGGCCGCCAAGUACGUCGUGCUUUCCAAGGGAGAAAUUGUGCUGUACGACCACCUCAUCCUCUGUACUGGGCAGCAGUACCAGGUCCCAUGCCCCACAGGGGCCGACAUUAGUCAGCACCUGACAAACCGGGAGGUCCCCCACAGCAGCAGGCGCCGCUACACCGGGCAGGUCCCCUGCAAUCACUUCACUCUCAGCGACGAGGAGGACUGCCUCAAGGCGCUGGCCUGGAUACGGAACAACUCCAUCACCUCGGAAGGGAACGUCAUUGUCUAUGGAAAUACAAUUGAUACUUACACCACGGUGGAAACGCUCUUAAACCUGGGGGUGCGGGGCCCCUGCAUCUUCCUGGUGAAGCCCCCGCCCACCUCCACCAUCACUUGCAUCAACAACUACUCGGUGGAGAGCGCCGUGGAGGACGCGCUCAGGGGCGCUGGUGUGACCGUUUACCAGGACGCGAUCUUGGCCCAGUGGAACGACGGCCUGGACCCCGACCCCAUCCACAGCGCCAGCUUCACCACGCCCACCAAGCCUUUCCGACUCCAGUGCUGCAUGUUCUUCAGCUUCUGUGAGAAGAAUGUGGAUUACGAAACCUUUAAAGCAUUAAAUGAUGCAUGUCUUGUCUAUGACGGUCGACUUGUGAUUGAUACCAACUUCCACACCAACGACAUAGCCAUCAGAGCCGCUGGCUCCCUCACCAAAUUCUCCAAUAGAUAUUACUCAAAUGAGUGGACUCACAGCAACUUCAAUUCCAAAGAAAUCGGCUUUCAGCUGGCAGCAGCUAUGCUCAGCCUUUUUGAUCCAACCCUGGAACCUGUGACAGAGCCACCAGCUGAUCUCGACCGGCUCAUCCCCAUGUACAAGGGAGCCAAGAUCCAAGGAGGCAUUCUUCCUGGGUCUUACCACUAUCUGCAUAUUGCCAAGCCUGCCAUCCCGUCUCCCUUGGAGGUAGUAAUGGCGCAGCCUAAUUUUGGUUCAGAAAUAAUAACAGGCACUGCGAAAAGUGGGACCUACUUCCGAAUUCACAUUAACAAGUAUAAAAUGGUGGAGACCAUCACGUGCCUCUCCAAGGAGCCUUUUCCCACCUCCAACUACAUCCGCUUGUUUGGGCAGCACGAGCAGCUCCUCAACAACAUGUGUGCUCGGUAUGAUGACAACCUCAUCAAAGAUUUCUACAGCUACUUCACGGAGUCGUGGUGCAUGGCCCUGUUCCACGAUCGUUUUAUUGAUCUCAGGAAAGAGUUACGCCAAAUCUUAGCUUCCAAAGAGGAGGAAACCCUUCCUUCCAUAGAACAGUUGGCCCAUCAGAUCGAAGAUGAAGACUUAAGACUGAAGGAGAAGCCCAGGGCGUACCUCAGAAGAGUUUACAAGGAAACCAUCUACAAGCCCCUGGUGGAGAGGAGCAUCCUCGACUACUUGCACUAUAACUAUAACCACCUGCCCAUGUACGCGUGGCCAGGCAUCAUUUAG